GGGGAGGGAGGGGAAGGAAGCAAAUGCCUGUGUCUCCCUCUCUCCAAACUGAUGAGGUGAGAGCCCGGUCCCUCCGCUCGCGGCAGUGCCGGUGACGGAGAUGACAGAGUGGGAGCCGGGAGGGGACGGCCUUGGGGCUGCGGCGUCGGGGAGAGGUGGCAACGGGCCCUCCUCGAGCUGCUGUUGGUGCUGAGUCUGUGCCAUGGGGUGCCGUGGGGUGCCAGGUUUUGUGCCACGGUGUCCCCGUGCCAGGUGCCAGGUCUGUUCAGUGGGGCGUUAUGGAGUGCCAUGGGAUCCCAGUGCCAUGGGGUGCCAUGCAGUGCCAGAUCUGUGCCAUGGGGUGCCCGGUUUUGUGCCAUGGAGUGCCAUGGGGUGCCAGGCAUUGUGCCAUGGGGUGCCAGGUAUUGUGCCAUGGGGACCCCAUGCCAGGUGCCAGGUGUGUGCCACAGGGCGUUGUGGAGUGCCAUGGGAUCCCAGUGCCAUGGGGUGCCAUGGGGUGCCAGGUUUUGUGCCAUGGGGUGCCCGGUUUUGUGCCAUGGAGUGCCGUGGGGUGUCAGGCAUUGUGCCAUGGGGUGCCAGGUAUUGUGCCAUGGGGACCCCGUGCCAGGUGCCAGGUAUGUGCCACAGGACGUCGUGGAGUGCCAUGGGAUCCCAGUGCCACGGGGUGCCAUGGGGUGCCAGGUUUUGUGCCAUGGGGUCCCCGUGCCAGGUGCCAGGUAUGUGCCGCGGGGCGUCGUGGAGUGCCAUGGGAUCCCAGUGCCAUGGAGUGCCAUGGGGUGCCAGGUUUUGUGCCAUGGGGUGCCAUGGGGUGCCAGGUUUUGUGCCAUGGGGACCCCUUGCCAGGUGCCAGGUGUGUGCCAUGGAGCAUCAUGGAGUGUCAUGGGAUCUCAAUGCCAUGGGAUCCCCUUGCUAUGGGGUGCCACACAAUGCCAGAUCUGUGCCAUGGGGUGCCGUGGGACAGGGGGUCCCCAUGUGCUACGGGGUCCCCAUCCCAGGUGCCAGGUCUGUGCCAUGGAACACCAUGGAGUGUCAUGGGAUCUCAGUGCCAUGGGAUCCCAGUGCCAUGGGGUGCCACACAGCGCCAGAUCUGUGCCAUGGGGUGCCAUGGGGUGCCACUCAGCGCCAGAUCUGUGCCAUGGGGUGCCAUGGGGUGCCACUCAGCGCCAGAUCUGUGCCAUGGGGUGCCAUGGGGUGCCACUCAGCGCCAGAUCUGUGCCAUGGGGUGCCAUGGGGUGCCAUGGGGUCCCUUCUCCAGGUGCCAGGCUUGGUGCCAUGGGGUCCUUGCUUUGGGUGCCAGGUCUAUGCCCAGGGACACCAUGGGGUGCCAGUUCUGUGCCAUGGGUUCCCUGCUGUGGGUGCCAGGUCUGUGCCCAGGGACACCAUGGGGUGCCAGAUCUGUGCCAUGGGGUGCCAUGGGGUCCCUUCUCCAGGUGCCAGGCUUGGUGCCAUGGGGUCCCUGCUUUGGGUGCCAGGUCUGUGCCACGGGAUGCCACGAGGUGCCAGAUUUUGCUCACUGCCACCUGCAGCAGCCCCAGCUCUGCCCUGCGUCCAGCAGCCCCACGUUAACCCGUGCCGUUAACAGCUCCUCUGGUUCUGUUUGCAAUGAGCCAGGUCCCCAGGGCUGGGGGUCAGUGGGAGAGCAGCCCCAGCAGCCCCCGGCUCGGCGCACAGCCAAUGGCUCACAGUGCUGUGGAGCUCCAAGCUGCUUGCCAGGAGCUCUGUGCUCCUGCUGCUGGGAUGUUCCUGCAACCGUGGGGCCAUGCUCCUGCUGCUGGGGAUGCUGCUGGGGUGAUGGGGCUGUACUGCUGGGAACGUGCCCAGAGCUGUGCUCCUGCUGCUGGGAUGCUCCUGGAGCUGUGCUUCUGCUGCCGGGAUGCUCUUGGGGUCAUGGAUCCAUGCUCCUGGGGAUGCUUCCAGGUCCGUGGGGCCGUGCUCCUGCUGCUCUGCUCCUAGGGAUGCUCCCAGGGCCAUGGGGCCGUGCUCCUGAGGAUGCUGCCGGAGCUAUGGGGUCAUGCUCCUGUUGCUCUGCAGCUGGGGCCACGCUCUUCCCCUUGGCCCCCAGCCUCUUCCCUGCCGCCCUCGGCUCACCCAGAGGUGGUCUCAGCUCAGUGGACCCCGGGGAUGCGGUUGGGUCCCUCCCAGCUGUCGGUGCCCUCCGUCCCUCCUCCGGGUUCCCCGGAUCUGAGGGCUGUGAAGACUUCCCCGUUUGCACUUCUGAGCUCAGAGCUGAAAUCCGGAGGCAGUCCAGGAGCAGACGUCUCGCCCUGGGCAGAAAGCAAUGGCAGCACCCGACCCACCGCGGCAGCCACCCAUGGCAUGGGGGGGGCCGCCGUCCCAUCGCUGUCUUC